AAGAGCAGGGGUCCUAGAACUGAACCUUGCGGCACGCCAUAAUUUACUUGCAUUAGCCUGGAUAGCUCUCCAUUCAAAUCUACGAAAUGGUAACGAUCGGACAGGUAGGAUUUAAACCAGCUAAUGGUAUGUACGGGUAUUGACGUGUCUGUGCAAACGGCACACGUUUCAUCCUGAUAUAAUAACACUGUCACGUGUGAAUUCGUCCCCUAAGGUCACGUUAAACCUGAGCCCCUUCUCCACUUUCUGGGUGAAACUUUAGCUGCCUGUGACUCCGAAAUGGCAAACACCUGACCUCUGAGUGGAUCGGGUUCCAGCCCCGGUGGUGAGUCUCUCUCUCUCUCUCUCUCUCUCUCUCUCUCUUUCUUUCUAUCUAUCUCUCUCUUCAUCCGUAUCCCACUCUCUAUCUCUCCCAUGAUCUUUCUAAUGAUUUCUCCCUCUUUCCUAUGAUUUCGCCCUCUCUUUCUCAUGAUCUCUCUUUCGUAACCUCUCCCUCUUUCACACUCUCUUUCGCUCAGACUUGUUUAAUAACGUCAAAUCCUUCAUCGACAGAUCCAGUGAUGGUGUUUUUCUUUGCUCUUGUGAACGUGUGCCGAGUAUGUGCUGACUGUAGCGAUGGGGUUUAGACCCGCCGCGUUCGAGCUAAUUGCUUCUUCGAUCGCGUCAAUCGGCUCGCGUUCACUGCGCACGUUAAAACCACGUGUCGUACCGAAAUGACACGUUCUGCUUAUUUAGAUUAAACACGCUUACAUUAUAUCGAAGAUGAAAGAAAACGGGUUACGGUACGUCCGAGUGGUUUCGCUCGUUCUCUGGAGUCCUCUUCAUCUGCUGCAAUUUUCCCAUCAUCCACUCCACCCCCCUUUCACAUACACUUCUUUUUACCCUACAAAUGGUAUAUUCCUCGUUCCGACGUCCUCAGGCUGUGUGUGUACCGAAGUGGGUUUUUUCACUAGUAACACUUGGAAGGGGGGAGGGAGGAGGGGGAAUGUCUUCUGCAGGAAUAUCAGAUGAGGUCCGGCUGUGCCAUGCGGACUUGAAGCUCCCCCUGCAGUAGAAUGGAUUUGACGCUCUGACACACACACACGGGCACCACGCUGACCAGCAGACACCCGGUGCUCCCUGUUUUGUUUUUUUUCUUUCCGUGGACAACCGGCGGAAAAGCCAGAAGGAUGGCCGUUAGGAAAGGACAGAUGAAAGGAGAGACCGCCGUGUGACAACGGAAAGCUCGGAAGGAGGGAGGAGGGGAGGGGAGGAAUCCACAGCUUAAGAAGAUCUGGCCAGGUGAGAGGAAAAGGUCAGAGGGGAACGAUGAUUCGAGGAGAUCACGGCGAAUACCAGCGUCAGUACCACACCCUGGGCAACUCGGCUCGCCGCUUCUCCAACCCAGACGUGGAGGCCAUGGCCAAGCUUCAUGCAGGGGACACUGAGAGACAGCGGGGCAAAUAUCCACCUCAACACGCUGCCACGCUCGUUAGUGCCAACUGCUCACGCCAGCAGCAACCACAUUACUGGAGCUUUAAGGCGAGGACUCCACGUGCCAGCGGUGGAGGUCAUCACUCGCUUGCCGAUCAGGGUGGAGGACGCUCGUUCUACGCCUCAGCGGAGAACCUCGAGACCAUGGGCGACGCUGACCUCGCCCUUGGCUUUAGCCGCUCCAACCGGCUCAGACAGAGCUUGCCACUAGCUCGCUCUCCCAGCCAGAACAAGUUUCGCCCACCAGGCGUUUUGUUCCUGCAGUUUGGUGAUGAGACACGGCGGGUUCACCUCAGCCACGAGCUGAGCAGCAUGGAGACUCUGCACGCGCUGAUCGUUCACGUGUUCCCUCAGCAGCUGAACAUGAGUGCGCUCCGAUCGCCUGCCACCGCCAUCCUCAUCAAAGACGAGGCACGCAACGUCUUCUAUGAGCUGGACGACCCUCGCCGCAUCCAUGACCGCUGCGUCCUCAAGAUCUACUGCCGAGACACACCCUACAACACUCAGCACCACCAUGCACACCACGGCCACGUUGCCAAUGGAGACAUGCGGAGGGAGCUGGUAUACACGUCACGCGACUCUUCUCCCACUCGCCGUUUGAAUGCGCUCCCUUCGUCCUCCUCUCCAUCAGCCUCCCCGUCUCGUCCACACUCCCGCCUGUCCUAUGCGUCUGUCCGACCUUCCUCAUAUGCUGGUCCAACCCCGUCCCCUCAAGCUCAACCAUACCAGCACCAGCACCAGAACCCCAACCACCCCGCCUUCUGCCCCUCCCCAAGUGCCAUCCUGGAGCGGCGUGAUGUCCGACCAGAUGAAGAGGUGCCAGCAUCACCAUCCAAGAGUGUGGUGCUUCUGAAAAAUGAGAUGGCAUAUGCUGAUCCGUAUGCACUUGUCCAUGGAGUGGCUUCACCCCAGUCAAUCGCUUUCCGACGUGGUUCACUGCGUUCCCUGAGCCCGUAUUCGGCUGCUGCGUUGCACUGCGAAUUUGACCCUGCCCUCUACAGGCCCGGAGGACCGCUCUACACCGAGCCUUAUGGCUCCAUGGGCUUCCGAACUUUGCCACCUGCAUCACCGCAGAAACUCGAGCCGUACAGGGGACACUCGGGACGAGGAUCUCCCGGAAGGCAGGGCUUCCGGAAAGAUGGGACGGUGUAUGUUGAGGGCCAUAAAGCUCGAGUCGGGGGCCCUCUCCUGGACCAGAUGUGUGUUAUGGGUGGAGCAGGAGGAGAGGGCGUGGCACUGGCAGGUUAUGAAACUGACACAAGAUCCAGGGAGCGAAUGGAGGCCAUGGAGAAACAGAUUGCCAGUUUGACUGGUCUGGUCCAGAGUGUCCUUACCCGGGCACCAGACAGUCCUGACAAGGCAGAAACAGGAAGUGACUGCUCAGCACCUGAGACUGCCAGGUCUAGAAAAGGUAAAGAAAAAGCCACGACUCCCUCGGCUCCCCUGGCCCUAAUGCCCCCGCCGCCCACCGGGACAUCUCAGCCGAUUACAAUGUCUCGCUUACAAAUGCAGCUGCGUCUCAGCGACUUGCAACGGAGUACGACGGAGCUACGCAAGCAGCUGUCACAGUUACGCAAAAUACAGAUGCAGAAUCAAGACUCGGUGCAUACUCUGCUGCGGCAAGCUGAGGCCGAUUUGGGUCUUUGCCUUAUCGAAGCGUCUCGGACGCAGGAGGAUCCUCUACAACGCCAGCGCCUCCUUGUGGAGGAAGAGAGACUGCGCUAUCUCAACGAAGAGGAACUGAUUAUACAGCAGCUACAUGAUUUGGAACGUUCAGUGGAGGAAAUGAAGAUGGGAGCAGGGCUAAACCAUCGAUUGGUGACAGAACAGGAAGUGGAACAGAAAAGCCAAGAGCUCCGGAGGCUUGGAGAGACGCUGACCAAGCUUAAGAAUCAAUUUCCGACGCUGCAAAGUAAAAUGCGAGUGGUGCUGCGAGUGGAGGUCGAGGCAGUGAAAUUUUUGAAGGAGGAACCACUGAGGCUGGAUGCUUUACUGAAACGAUGCAGAAACGUCACAGAUACACUUGCAAUGCUUAGGAGGCAGGUAUCCGAGGGCCUAUGGAAGACGCCGGAAGACUUUGACAGCUCCUUAGAUGUUGACUUUACAAAGAGCUGUGAUUUGGACAUCCUAACAAGUCCGUCUCUGACCAGUCUACCCGACUUCACAGGCACUUUAACGGGGACUACAAUUCUGUCAGGUUCCCUGACAACCAACUCUGCCAGCUUAGGCUCCGGUGCCAGCCUGUCUUGUGCUCUCGGCACCAGUCUGGGCUCAUGUCUGAGUGGUGCGGCUGGUUUAGCAGGCACUACCACUCUUGGAAACUGGUUGGCAAGCACCGGAGUUGUAGACAGCAGCCUGCCUGAACAGGAUGUCACCUCAGCAGGGACACCAAAGAGCCGGGGAAUCGAGGAUCUGCCUUCACGGAGAGAAACUGACAAAGGAGUGUCCGUGGAAGUUCGUCUGGCAGCGGAGCGCGACUGGGAAGAAAAGCGGGCAAGUUUAACCCAGUUUAGUGCCCAGGACAUAAAUCGUCUUUUGGAGGAGACGCAAGCCGAACUGAUGAAGGCCAUCCCCGAUCUGGAUUUUGCUGCCAAGCAGAUCACCAAACCGGCGGUGCCUCCGAAACCGCACCUCUCCUCUUUACCCAAACCUGCUUCACCGUCCUCCACACCAAGCUGUACGCCUGAACACCAGCCGGGAAAGCCGCCACCCAAACCAGCCGGGAAGGAAGGCAUUCAACGGAGAGAAUCAGACCGAACGACCGUAGGGGAGCUGACCGUUCCGCGGUAUCGCACGGAGAAGCCGUCCAAGUCUCCGCCACCUCCACCACCACGCCGCAGUUUUCCAUCGAGCCACAGGCUCACGACCAACAGCAGUGGCGAGGUCGUCAUCGUUAACAAAAGCAUCAAUAAACCUGAAAAGAACGAAAACUGUGAGUCCGAUGCUCAAGUCCAAUCUCAGACUCCACCCGUUAAACUCAGACGCCCUUCGACCUCCGACGGCCCGCGACCCUCUUCCACGCCACCGGUUAUCGCUGCUUCUGGGAUGAGGGAAGAUGAGAACGAGGAGGAGAAGAUCAUAGCAGAGCUUGAGAACGCGGGAACUCCUCCAGGGUCGGCGAAAACGCCAGCGUCCUCGUCCUCAUCUCGCCUGAAGCAGCUACAGCAGGGUGGUCUGGAGCAGAAGAACAGGAAGCAGCGUGAGCAGCAGGGCCAGCAGCAGGUAUUUCACUUCUGACAGCCCCCUGACGUCCGAGAGCUAGGACUGAACGCUACCUGCUACGCUAGCAACCCUACCCUGACUAGCUGAGCGCUAGUCAGUUUUUGCUAGCACUUAAGGAGACUUGACAGUUAAGCACAAUUACGAUCACCUGGGAAAAAUUUUUUUUGUCUUGACCAUAGCCAUGAUGUCUACCUCUCCACUAGGGGUCCAACCAAUCAGCUGACCCUGAUUUUUUUCUUCCUCCAAACCCUACAUAGUCCCUGUUACAUCAUUUAGGGUUGCUUUUAUUUUCACCUUCUUUCUCGCACUCCUGUGUCUGUCUGCAGUCCACCGAGACCAAAACACAGGGUCCUGUAAUCGUUUCCCUACAUACAAAUUGCUCCGCGGGGCUUUUCUGCCUUUGUCUCAUCGUCGCUAUAGACUUUCACCAUACAGCUUUUUCUAGUAUGCUGUGACCUCCAAAAAAAAAAAAAAACCCACCAAUAGCAUUAGUGAGGUAGCUUCAAAACAACCCCAAAACAUUAAGUAUUAACAUAAAAUGAUGUAUAUAAAUUAAAACACAUUUCGCUAGCAUGUAGUUAUAUGGUGCUAAUCAGUGGAUUUAGCCAAACCAACACAAGCAGCAGAUUUCCAUUAUCCGUCCCAACUAAUAUUGUCCUUAAACCCGCUUGUGAAACUUCUGAGUAAAGGAUAAAACUGUGAACGAAUGCAGAACGUACAAAGAUGAAAAGAAAAAAACCUCCGUGGAUGAAGCGGAGAAUUGGGAAGCCGUCCAGAGACUCUCAAGACUCUUGAACUACGCAACGUCAGAGCACAAAGGCUUGUGGCAAAGAAAGCAAACGAUCAAAAAGGACAGAAAGAUUAUUAGUUAACUUUGAAACCAUUAGCUUGCAAGCAUACCAGAUUGAUCUCCCUGGAACUGAUCCAAGGAGAAAAUAGCAAAACCUGGAUAGGAACCAGACUCCAACAGGGAACACAGCUUCUUCUGGGUGACAAGGAAGAUCCUGGGAUGUACUUUAUGAUCUCGGCAGCAGUUUUAGUGCAGGAAGAUCCAUUUAGAAAACACUUUUACCUCAGAAAAAAAGCUACUCAGCAAAACAUUGUACACCUUAUCAAGUCCCCAAUGGGGAAAUAUUGUGGGGUGGGAAGGUACUGGUUGUGUUUAGAACUUGGACUAGGUCUUUUAGACCCAACCCCUGACAAAACUUCAAACAGUACCCACUUUGAUUUAUGUCUCAGGAGAGCCAUGGUCAGUAUUAUCGUUCGGGUCUUGAUUAAGACGGUUUCAUUGUGUUUCUCUGUAGCCUAGCGAGGCAUUCGGUCAGGUCAGCAUGCGCCGUGCGAUUUGAGCCUCGCCAACGGAAACCUCAGCAUGACGUAGAUGCAAACCAUCUGUCUGAGAUGCACUAGAGCCACCUGGCUUUUGCCUCCUACCCAGCCAAAGGUCUCGCUAAUUUGGCAUUCCCCCUUGUGCUGAAUGUAGCGAAUGUUGGCGUGGUUGUAAAAAUCAAACGUACAAUUGCUCGGAUGGCUCCUCAAGCCCUUGAUUAGCAUCUAGCCGAGUUGAGCGUUACUGACUUUCGUCGGAUUAGAUUGCUAAUCUACAUGUUCUGAGCAGCGAUUUCUAGGGGUCCAAGCACUUUUUACAUUUUACAUAAAAUGAUCAAGGGAUCGUUGAUGAGCAAAAUCUGAUUGGCUGAUGGUGGCAGAAACAUAUUGUUAUAUAUUAUAUCAAGGUUGUGAUGGAUUCGAAGUCUAGACCAGGAACCCAUGAUUCGAUUUGAUGUUUUUGAGGGGUCACAGCAUACCUCCAGGGAAUUUUCAUCCUUCUGAUGGGCGUUUUUUGGCUUUUCUUUAUUCUAAUGAAUUGAAACUGAAUGGUUUGCCCCAACUUUUGACGAUUACUGAAUAGCAGAAAACCCUUGACCACAGAUCAUAUGAGACAGGUUUUUUAUCCAUGAGAUACAACUAACAUUUUUGUCUCUUCUCUUCUCUCCAUCCUUGCUCACCUUCUUCUCACUUGCUUGCUUCAUGCUCGCACUUCUUUCCUCUCGCUUCUCUCGAAUGAAAUGCAUGCACUGGGUGUAACCCAAAGAAAUGAGACCAUACUUGGCCAACUGUCCUUCAAAUCCUCAAACCUUGAAGACUUGCAAUUAAUCCUUCAGAAGUCAAUAUCAAGAUCUGCUCUGUUUUCUUUACUUUUUUUCCCCUCCCCCUGAGGCACUUUUUCCUUUUUUGCAAACCGAUUCCCCGUGCCCCCUUUCUGGCCAAUCGCAACCUCUUUUUUUCAUGAAUGGCAUUAAUUUCAGCCUAUCACUGUCCUUCAUUCUGUUUUUCGCCUGAGAUCUGAUCCUAUCCAAGGUGAUGAGACGCUGAAGCGAAGCGUGGGGACGACGCAUGCGCCAGGACACUGAGUAGAAAACCGAAUGGCGACACGUUAUAUUCUAAAACAUUAGGGUAAGUUAGAGUGAUUAAUGUAAUAAUGUGUCACUGUAUGUACAGUAAAAUAGCAUCAUCAUCACCAUCAUCAGGACCAUGAAGGAUUUCAGCUCGUCUGAAAACUGGCAACUCCAAACAAGACUUUAUUGACGAAUUAAAUGUCAUAUUGUAUUGAAACGUGGCUUCUUUUCGUUGGGCGCCAGCGCUAUAUACGCGGUACGGCCAAAACUUCGUGGACACCCGAGCAUAAGAUUGAACAUCUCGCGUUGAGUCCCCCAUUAUCUGUUAAGCUCCAUUGAGAUGUUCCACUAGAUUUUGCGAAAAAUUUGUGGAGAUUUAUUCAGCCCAAAGAAGGGCGUUGGGUACUCAAGGUGUUUCAAGGUCAGAGAUGGGGAUCCUCCACCUCGUCCCAAACCCGUAAAGCUUGUUCACAGUCGCACUUUUAUUCCGGAACAAGAUUCGAAUCUGAUCAUUUAGGCAAAGGCAGAAUUCCAUGCUAUCCGAAAACAGCCAAAACGAUCUUCAGGUUUUUGGGCUGACAAUUUGGAAGCAGAAGCGCACAAGUCUGGAUAAGCCGGGUGUCCCAAUACUUUUGGCCAAAAAACACGUAUGUAUUUGAUCGUACUGUUUUGAAUUGUGGCUUCAGUGCAUGACCUUAAAAAAAAAAAAAAAGAGUUUGUGAAGGCCGGGAAAAAAAUGGGCGAGCAUUUUACGAAUUCCGCAACUGUGACGACUGUGAUUGAUCUAGAUGUAUUUAUUACCAAAAUUGUGUUUAUCAAACAUAUAUAAAUAUAUAUAGAUAUAUAUAAAGUGUUUGUAUGAUUAGGAUCAUUUUUGUAUUUUUGUAUUUCAGAAUGAACGAGUGCAUGGAAAAUCAGAAACACGUGAAAUAAUCGAAAGUUUGAAUAAAUCGAUAUCUAGCUAUAGAGAGAGAAGCACCUGUUUCAUGAAGAGUGUUCCAGGAAGCUAAUGCGCUAUACAUGAUGAAUUACGAGUAUAAAAGAAUUGAAUUUAAAAAAAGAACGAUUGCACAAGAAUCGGAAAAAGUGAUAAAACCCCCGUUUUCCUGCGAAGAUUUUUACGCAUGAUUGUUUUUUUUUUUUUUUUUUAUAAACACUUGACAGCACAGAAAAUGAGGUGAAGACAAUCAGAGGUGCUCGAGAUGCGAUUGGACAAUGGGAUUUUACACGAUGGAAGAUGCAUACGGAAAGCCCCGCCCCCUUUUCUGUCUCUGCGUUUGUGGUAUUUUUAAUUGCGAGUCGUUUUUAUUUUACAUUCAUACUCUGGUGGAGUCUAGUGUUGUUUUUUUCUGUCUCGUUAUUGUUGCCAUACUUCAGGGCUGUGCUGCUUUUUGUCCCUUCAGGGCUUUUGUCUUGUUAGAGUUGUCCCCUUUCAGGUCUCUAUUGCUUGUUUGUCUCAUCAGAGUUGCCCCCUUUGAGGGCUGCAUGCUUUUGUAUUGUUAGAAUUGUCCCUCUUUCGUUAGAGUUGUCCCCUUUCAAAGCUGCAUGCUUUUGUCUCAUUAGAGUUGUCCUCAUUUAGCUCUGUUUACUUUAUUUCUUGUUAGAAUUGUCCCCUUUGAGUGCUGUAUGCUUUUGUCGUUUUGUUAGAGUUGUUUCCGUUCAGCACUGUCUACUUUUUGUCUCGUUAGAGUUGUCCCCUUUCAGGGCUGCAUGCUUUUGUUAUGCUAGUGUUGUCCCCUUUCGUUAGUGUUGUCCCCUUUCGUUAGUGUUGUCCCUUUUUGUUAGUGUUGUCUCCUCCCAGGGCUGCAUGCUUUUGUCUUGUUAGUGUUGUCCCCUUUUGUUAGUGUUGUCCCCUUUCGUUAGAGUUGUCUCCUUUAAAGAAUGCAUGCUUUUAUCUUGUUAGUGCGCUCCCCUUUCGUUAGUGUUGUCCCCAUUCGUUAGUGUUGUCCCUUUUUGUUAGUGUUGUCUCCUCCUAGGGCUACAUGCUUUUGUCUUGUUAGUGUUGUCCCCUUUUGUUAGUGUUGUCCCCCUUUGUUAGUGUUGUCUCCUCCUAGGGCUGCAUGCUUUUGUCUUGUUAGUGUUGUCCCCUUUUGUUAGCAUUGUCCCCUUUCUUUAGUGUUGUCCCUUUUCAUUAGAGUUGUCUCCUUUCAGGGCUGCAUGCUUCUGUUAUGUUAGAGUUGCCCCCUUUUGUUAGAGUUGCCCCUAUUCAGGACUUUAUGCUCUUGUCUUGUUAGAUUGUCCCCAUUCAGGGCUGCAUUGCUUUUUGUCUUGUUAAAUUUGUCACCUUUCAGGGUUGUAUUUUUUGUCCCAUUCAGGCUGUACAUUUUUUUGUCUUGUGUUGCUGUAGUUAGGGCUGCUUUUCUGCUGCCCUGUCCUCUGUCCCAAUAGUAUUGAGGCCCCCACUAUCGAAUUCUGAGGACCGAGGCAAUUGCUCGCUCCGCCUAUAGCUAGCGCCGGCCCUCUUUACAAUACAGGCCUGCGUUAUUAUUUUUUUAUCCUGUUAGCGUUGCUGUGGUUCAGGGUCCUCACUGUUCCUUCGUGUCUUUCUAAACCUUUGACACAGUCCUGAUGUUAAUCUGAUAUAGAUAAUUUCAUCAAAUUUUUCGCCAAACGUUUGUGGACAUCUGCACAAAAGAUUGGUACGUGAACGUCCCAUUCCACAUUUGCUGUUCUAACGUUCUAAGCUCCACUCUGGGAAGGUGUUCCACUCGAUUUGGUGGAGAUUUGUGCCAAAGGAGCUCCUAAAGCAGGAGAUUUUUUAAGUCGUCAAAGCCAUGGAAAGAAUAUCUUCAUGGAGCCGGUUGCUGGAACAGAUUCAGGUCUUCUGAUUCAAGUAAAGGAAAAAUGUCUACAAUGCUUCAACAGUUUAGACUCGUAGCACAUAUGGCCGGGAAGGUAGGGGUCUAGACGCAGUCUAGUAAAGCUUGUGCAGUGGAAAUCCACAUCGUUCCACGUCUUACAGAGCGGAAAAUCCCAUAAAAUGAGAUCUGCUGGCGAAGCUGCAUGCACACUGAACCUGACGUCUGCAUGCAGAAGCAACUUUUUUUUUUUUUAAUGUGUGUGUAAAAAUAGAAAUUACGUCUGUAUGGAAAAAUAAAUAAAUAACGGAAAAUAUAAUGUUUGGUUUGCAGUGAAAACACGAUCGCGUAUGUCGCUGUGGGCCGAUCCCACUCGCUUUCCUGUCGUCUGUAAUCAUGUAA